AUGGCAGAGGGGAACCAGACUCAGGUGAUAGAGUUCAUGCUCCUAGGCUUUUCCUGGGGAAAGCCCUUCCUCUUCCUUGUCUUCCUGGCCAUUUACCUGGCCACGCUGCUGGGGAACUCUGCAAUACUUGCCCUCAGCUCCCUGAAUCCCCGUCUCCACAGCCCCAUGUACUUCUUCCUCAACCACCUGUCCUGCUUGGACAUUUGCUAUUCAUCAGUGACAAUGCCCAAGAUCCUGGUGAAUGUCCUGCGUCCGCAGGCAACCAUCUCCUACCACGGGUGCCUGGCACAGAUGUUCUUCCUGAUGGGGUGUGCGGGGGCUGAGUGUGCGCUCCUGGCUGUCAUGGCCUAUGACCGCUAUGCUGCCAUCUGCCACCCUCUGCACUAUGCCCAUGUCAUGAGAUGGGGUGUCCGCAUGGUGGCGGCCACGGGCUGCUGGCUCUGGGGGCUGCUGGACUCUGCUGUGCACACCUUCCUGGCCUCCAAGCUGUCCUUCUGUGGGGCUACCCAGCUCCAGCACAUCUUCUGCGAUGUCCCUCCCCUGCUGAGGAUUGCAUGCAGCAACACUCACCCCAGCGAAGUGGCGCUCCAUGCUGCCAGCAUCUUUGUGGGCCUCAGCCCUUUCCUGUUUGUUGUCAUCUCCUACCUCCGCAUCCUGGCCACUGUCCUUAGGAUGCCGAUGGCUGUCAGCCGGCGCAAGGCCUUGUCCACAUGCACCGCACACCUACUUGUGGUUGCCCUGUAUUUCGGAAUGGCCAACCUGAACUACAACCGCCCCAGCUCUGGCUACUCACCGGAGGCAAACACACUGGUCUCUGUGCUGUACUGCAUCAUAACCCCCAUGUUGAACCCCCUUAUCUACAGCCUCCGCAACCAGGAAGUGCGGGGCACCCUGAGGAAGGUGCUGCAAGGACAGUACACAGGGCUUCCUGGGCGGUGA